UCAUCUUUGCAUUUCCUUGACAUUUAUGUCUCACAAGACGUUAUGUAACAUGUUGAAGAUCUUUGUGUGUUAUCUUAUUAAAUGUACAUUUAUAGACAUAUGUAGGCUUACAUAUACAACUUUUCAUGUUGCAGUAUUUAAUCAUCUUAAGAUGUAGGCUAUACAUGUCUUGGAAUGUCUUUAAAUCAAGCCUGGGAACUCCUUACUGUAGCUCACCAAAAUGUAAUGUGUAAGGUUUUUCUAAAAAUCUAAACUUUUUUGCAUUUAGUGAACAACAACCAAAUACAUUUUGGCUAAAAUUGCAAUUCUCGUGAUAAAAAAUGGUGCAAAGCUUUAUACUUUUAUUUUGAGUUUUUAUUUCACUUUCUACCGUGCAAAAAAAUCCAAAGGUCUACUUCUUUAUUUUAAAAUGUACAGAUGUUAGACAAGCACAGACAGAAACUGACUGAGAGAAGUUUUUGAAGUUGCACUGUAGAUAGUAAUGACUGACUUUAUGGUUUGACUGUUGCGAUAGGGGCGGCCCUGUGGGGACUUCCGCUUGUAUCUGACAGAAACACGAACAUACAGCAGUGUGACAACAAGACGACAAGAAUGAAAAUAGAAAAGAGAAAAAAGUGUGUGGUUGUCCAUUUCCUGUGAAAAGUUCUGUCUGCUGAUUGUACGAGUUAGAAGUAGGAAGAGAAACUCGAUGCACACUGUUCAGCCUAGUCAUCAGUAGAUCACAGGAGAUCUCUCAUUGUUUUCUUUGUGUCGGUUUACCCCUUCGAGCAUCAUUUUUUAAAAGUUCGAUCUGUGCAUGUUAGGCCAUGAAGCGAGGAACUAAGAAUAAAAGUCAGGAGAGUGUGGGCAGCUUAUUGCUCAAGCCACAGGAGAAUGAGAGGCUGGAGGAGCUGCUGGGCAGGAGGUGUGUGUCUUUGUCUUCAGCUGUUGUGCAGCUGCUCAUGGCUCUGCCGAGCGACCCGAACCGCUGGACGCCACAGCAGUCUGGAGUGGUUUGUUUUGUGAAGGACAGCCCUCAACGCUCAUUUUUUAUUCGACUUUACGACAUCAAGGCAGGCACACUGGUCUGGGAACAGGAAAUAUACAACCAACUGAUGUAUCAAAAGGUGAAACCUUUUUUUCACACCUUCGCUGGAGAUGAUUGUCAAGUGGGGUUAAACUUUGCAGAUGUAACCGAGGCUGACAGUUUCUUUAAUGUAGUAGAUGACAAGAUCAACCAGAGACAUAAUCGCAUGGACAAACAGCAAAGAAAAGGAUCUGAUACUAGAGAUUCUGGAGCUGUGCGACCACUUCCUCCACCACCAAAUGGCGUUGGCACUCCUACCAUGCCUCCAUUGGUACCUAUUAAUGUCCAGAACCAAGUUCCUCCUACAAAAUCAAAGAAAGAUAAGAAAGAGAAGAAAGAGAAAGAAAAGAAAAACAAGAAGAAAGAGAAAGAGAAAGGAGGCAAACUUUUGAAGAGGGAAAUCGGAGCACCCAGUGGUUUCACGCAUGUCAGUCACCUUGGCAUGAGUGGUGAAACUUUGGACCCAGACCUGAAAAAAAUUCUAUCUUGUGCUGGGAUAAGCGAAGCAGAUAUGAAUGACUCGGAAACCUCUCAACUCAUCUACGAUGUUAUUGAGCGUUCAGGUGGAAUGGAGGCUAUCAAAAAAGCUGCGAACCAGCAGGAGUCUAGUCGCCCUCCAGUCCCUGGAGGUCAUCGAGGUUCCCUUCCACCAGUGCCUGGUGGGCACUCCUCAGCUCCUUCUCCCUGUCAAGGUCGAAGCCUACCACCUGUCCCUGGAAUGAGUCAGUCCUCUGGUCCAGUGCCCUCACGUCCCCUUCCAUCUACUCUUCCAAGAAGCCAUCCGCCAACACCUCAAGAAUCUGAGUUCAACAGUGGUUCUUUGCCCGCACGAUCUUCAGGUUUAGGACCCCUGCCGCCUGUUCCUCAAGGAGGGCGGAAUGGGCCACCACCUCCUCUCCCAGGAGGGCGAAGUGGACCCUUACCCCCACCACCCAGUGGUAGGAGUGCACCCGCCCCCCCACCCCCGGGACAACGUAGAGAGUCUUUAACUCCAGUUCAAGGAAAAAGAUCUGGACCUCAAGUGAACGAAAGACAAGGUGGUACCUUGCCACCAGUACCCCCUGGAGGGAGGAGUGGACCCUUACCCCCACCUCCGAGAGACAAUAGUGGAUACUCUGCACCUCCACCGCAGCAUGAUACUUCACUACCGCUUCCACCACCUGACUUCUUUCCUCCUCCACCCUGUGACUCUUUUCUCCCUCCUCCACCUGAAGACUUUAACGAUUUUGCACCACCAUCUUUUGCCAAUAAACCCAGCUUUCCUCCACCACAAAGCCAUCAUCAGCAUUCAGCUCCUCCUCCUCCUCCAGUCUCAUCCAAACCCGGUGGUGGUGGUCCACCUCCGCCACCGCCUCCACCUCCUCCAGCUGCUCCACCUCCAGUGAGCAACAUUUCAUCAUCUGGAGGAACCGCUUCAGCUUCUUCAGAAUCCAGCAGUGUGGGGGGUAGAGGGGCAUUACUUUCCCAGAUACAAUCCGGGUUGAAGCUCAAAAAGGUAACCGCCAACCCUGAACCACCGUCACCUGCAACGGAUUCGGGUGAAGGAAUAGUUGGAGCUCUCAUGAUGGCCAUGCAAAAGAGGAGUAAAGUCAUCCACUCCUCAGAAGAAGAAGAAGAUGAAUUUGAUGAUGAAGAUGAUGACGAUGAAGAGUGGGACUAAUCCACGUUUUAUCUGAAAUAGUUAACUUAGAAUUUUCCAAGGCAGCUUUACAUAUUUUAAACACAUAAAUAGAAAGAAAAGAGCUUUUUUGGCUCUGUCUGUUAAUGUGUUUUAAAAGCAGUAUGAAAAGGGUGAUCAAAUAAAGCAGCAUUAGGACACUGCUAAAGUCAAAGCUGAUUUGUAUAAGAUUUAUUGUUUGGUGAAAUGUACAGUACACACCUUAUGGUCUGUGUUAAAUGGACACAGCUCUAGAUUGCACAAUAAAUCACACUGAUAGCUUAGAAAAGUGUACGAUUUUUAAUACGCUUGAACUGAUGGAAAUGAAUUCUGUAACAGUAUCCAAUAUUUACAAAUACAAUGUAUAUUGGGCAUGUAAAUAUACUCAUGUUUAUAUUUAUAUAUGAACUGAAUAUAAAUCUACUGCUCACAAAUGUGUUCAUUUAUUCAUUUUUUUCUGACAACAACAACAACAUUAACAACAAGGGCAUGACAAAAGAUUUGAAUUCACAACUUUACUAUUC